AUGGCCACCAGCCCCAGCCUGGCAUACACCACGCCGCCAUGGCUGGCCUCACCCGUCGCCACAGCCACCGAGUUCCUUGCCUCGCACGGCUGGCUCCUCCUCGCCGCCAUGGUCCUCGCUGCCGUGGUCUGGUCGCAUCUCGGCGCUGCCAUCCGCCGUCUCCUUGGCCUCGCCCCGCGCUUUGAACGCGACCCAUCGUACCGUGCUGACCUCGAUCGCCGCCGUGCAGAGCGAUACAACGCCCUGCAGGACAAGAUCGUCGCAGAUGCUGCCGAGCACUCGCUCUCGCCCGGUGGGCCGUCGUCUCUCCGCCACAGAAGGGGUGGCACCGGUGGCGGAGGAGGUGCCCUCGGUAUGCACGGCGGAGGCCCGUCGUAUCGUCCAGCCCGCAAGCGCCCAAGCCGUGGCGGCUGA